AUAACCUCAAAACUAAAAAUUUCAAGUAUCGGGCGAGAAGAAAACAGUUUUUUUUUUUGUGUAAUAAAUUCACUGAAAACUUGACGAAAAGCGUUAAUCAUAUAUACCAGCUAUGUCCGACUUCGAGAAUCUAUCCGGCAAUGAUAAGGAGCUGCAGGAGUUUCUUAUGAUUGAAAAACAAAAGGCACAGGUCAAUGCACAGAUACACGAGUUCAAUGAGAUCUGCUGGGAGAAAUGCAUUGGUAAACCAAGCACUAAACUCGACCAUGCCACAGAGACGUGCCUCAGCAAUUGUGUGGAUCGUUUCAUUGAUACAUCACUGCUGAUAACACAGCGUUUCGCUCAGAUGCUGCAAAAGCAGAGCUCCGGUGGCAUGUAGAGGCCCUCAGAGUAACUUAGGUAGUUAACGUUGUGGAGUGCAUAUUGGUGUUGGAUGUUGCAGACCAAAGACAAACACGAAUCUGGACCUUGUAUUACCCCUUACCCAGCUGCAAUUAACACCAUGUUCCAUGCUCUUUGCACACGUUAAAAACAAAAAAAAAAAAAA